AAUGGCUACGCCCGAAUUUCCGUUUCAUGAUCAUGAACAUCAUGAACUGAUGAACUAUCAUGAACGUCGUAUACUCGUAUAGUUCAACCAAUAUGGCUUCGAAAGAAACUAACCUCUCUUCACUGUACGCGGAAUUAAAUAAACAAGGACAAAAUGGGGAGUACGACAGAGCUCUGAAGACUGCCAACAGAAUUUUGGGAAUAUCUCAAGACGAAGAUGCUGCAUUGCAUUGCAAGGUUAUUUGCUACAUGCAAUUAUCAAAAUUCAACGAUGCACUCCAGCUCAUCGUUAAGAAUCCAAAACUUGCAGGAAAUUUGGAGUUUGAGAAGGCAUAUUGUUUGUACCGGAUGAACCAGGUACCGGAAGCCCUGAAAGUUGUGGAAGGAGUUCAUAAUCCUUCGCUAAAAAUUAAGGAGCUAAAGGCGCAAAUCCUAUAUCGCCUUGAAAAAUAUGAAGACUGCUUUUCAGUAUAUCGAGAUAUUAUUAAGAACUCUACGGAUGAUUAUGAGGACGAAAGGGAAACCAACUUGGCUGCCGUUAUUGUCAAUUUAGCCUAUGAUGGAUCGAGUAUAGAAGUUCCUUCUUUGAGAGAGCAUACGUACGAGUUGACUUACAAUGCCGCUUGUCAAAUGGUAGCGCAGGGAAAUUCAGGAGAUCGAGUAAUUCUAGCUGAAGCGGAAAAAAAGCUGAAAACUGCAGAAAAGAUGUGUCGUGAAUUUCUUGAAGAGGACGGUAAUACUGAGGAAGAGAUCGAGGAGGAGCUCGGCAUUAUAAAAGUCCAGCUGGGUUUCUGUCUGCAACUUCAAGGCCGAGAAAAAGAAGCUCAGACUCUGUACACGAACGUUUUGAAGGCAAAACCGAGCGAUAUCGCCUUGGUGGCAGUGGCAAGCAAUAAUUUAGUGACCUUGAACAAAGAUCAGAAUGUUUUCGAUAGCAAAAAGAGAAUGAAGAGCGCCACGCAUGAAGGAUUAGAACAUAAACUUACGGUCUCUCAAAGAAGAAGCAUCGCGUAUAACCAGUGCCUUCUAGCCUUAUUCACAAACCAGGGUGAACAUUGCCAGCAGCUGUGUAAUAAACUGAUGAAAGAUUAUCCUGAAUUAACUUCCAGCGCCCUGCUGGUGAAAGCUGUCCAAUUGCGUAAAGAGGGCAAAGCGAAAGAAGCAGCGAAAUUAUUAGAUGAGAAUGCUGGCGGGCAAAAUGUAUUACAUAUGAAAUUAGCUUGCGUGCAAUUACUGUUGAGCCAGGAUGAGAAAAAGGAGACUAUUAAAAUCUUGGAAAAUUUGAACGAAAAAGAAAGAUAUUUGCCGGGGAUUGUGAGUGCUCUUGUUACAUUGCAUAUGGCUGAGAACAAUCGUGAAAAAGCUUCUGCGGUACUCAAGGAUGCUGUCAACUAUUACAAGAAAAACAAGGAAAACACUGGCAAUCUAGGAACUCUUUGGCGCCAGGCUGCAGAUUUUCAUUUACGAGGUGGAGAAGUCACGGUUGCAGCUGCUAGUUUGGAAGAGUUGCUCGCUGCUUCUCCCUCAGACACUAAAACACUCGCGCAAUUGGUUAUUGCCUAUGCUCAAUUCGAUCCAACAAGAGCUCAACUUUUAUCGAAACGUUUACCACCACUCGACUAUCUUGCGGAAAAUACGGAUGUCGAUGCUUUGGAAAGUAGUAAUUGGGUCAUUGGAAGCAAAGUCGUGAAAGGAAAAGUGGAACCUUCCCCAGGAAAAACACCUAGCGCAGACUUGACGCAAAAGAAGAGCAAGAAACGUAAACGCAAGGGAAAACUACCGAAAAAUUAUGAUGCUAGCGCAGACCCAGAUCCAGAAAGAUGGUUGCCGAGACACGAGCGAAGUGGAUUUAGGAAAAAGAGAGAUAGAAGAAACAGAGAUGUUGCGAUGAAAGGAACCCAGGGAGCCGCUAUGGGAGCUAGUGAUCAAUAUGAUAUUACGAAAAUGGCGACCACGAAGCCUUCUCCAAAUCCACGUCAAAGUCCCGCUGUUGAAACUCCUGGUCCCAGACAGCAACAACGUAAAGUUCAACAGAAGAAAAAGAAAAAAGGUGGCAAGUGGUAAUUGCAGUUUCUAAUGCAGCAAUCACACAUUUACGUAGAAUUCGAUCAUGCCAGGCACAAGAAUUGUACUGCCGUACUUGUACACGGUUUUUGAGACAUUCUAAGAAAAUUGUGCACCAGGUUUCCGAAAGACACGAAACAUUCGAUUUUUUAUUUACUGUAAUUUCACUUUUAUGUUUUUAACAUGAAUUCUGUAAAUCUUGCUAAUCAAUUUUUAUAUAUUAUGGUAUAUAUGUUAUAAACACAAAGAGAGCUGGUUUC